AUGGACCUGAGAGACUCGGACUCCGACAAAAAGGACCUCGGCCACAGAACUCACACGUGGCGAUCCGAAUCUGUUUCAUGGGUGAAAGUGACACUUGUCUCCUCGGCAUCAGAAAAGAGCGUCGUGACUCACCUUCUCAGCAGAUAUGGUCCUCGGAACACAAGACCGUUGGUAAACUCCUCCAAGGCAGUUCACGUUACCAUCCGUCUCCGGAUUGAUCAAAUUGUUGAGUUUGAUGUUUCUAAACAGCAGUUGACAGUGAACGGAUGGCUAGAGAUGACAUGGAAGGACGAAUACCUGGUCUGGAACCCUGACAACUACGAUGGAGUUAAUGAGAUUUUCGUAUCAGAAUCGGAUAUCUGGAUACCCAAACUCAAGUUGCUCCAAAAUGUCGCCUUCGAGUUCUUAACAAUGGAUGAGGUAGAGCUGUGGGUUACCUCAGAUGGAACCGUUCAGUGGCACGCACCCAUCAUGUGUAAAAUAUACUGCGCUGUCGAAGUCAGCAAGUUCCCGUUCGAUGUUCAGUAUUGUGAGGCCUCAUUCUUGUCGUGGGUUUACGACUCUGCUAAAAUGAAUCUCUCCCGUUUCGACAACGAUGACGACUCCUAUAAUCACUUAUUCAGCAUAAAUGGGGUGUGGAGUCUCCAGAAGGUCGAGUCGUCUCAAGAAUCAAUCUAUUACAUGUGUUGCGAGGCUCCUUUCUCCCGUGUGGUUUACAGGUUGACGUUGAAGAGGGGAUCCAUGUUCUAUGUCUUCAGUAUGAUUAUUCCAUCAGUGAUUCUUACGACGAUUUCCUUGUUGGUAUUUUGUAUGCCGCCCGAAUCCGGGGAGAAGAUAUCCCUUGGUAUUACCAACCUUUUAGCCUUCAUCCUCUUUCAGCAGCUCAUAUCGGGCGCUAUGCCCCCACAAGGCAUCGUUGUACCCGUAGUCGGGUUUUGA